UACCCAGGCAACGGUUAGACAGUCCUGAAGCAGCUAGCUUAGUUGCACUAAACCUGUUAAUUUGGGCUGCUGUGUAGAAUAAACACAUGCCACAUUACUUUCUGUUGUCGAAAUGAUUUGGUAUUUAAUGCUAAACUUUACAAAAAUCAGUUUCAACUAAGUUUUCUGCAGGGAAAAUUAACAAAAGAUGAGUUUUGUGGCAAAGCGAUGUGGGGUGCAGUUCAGUCCCCCCUCUAUAGUACUGAUUUAUGAAAACAAGGAAACCAACAAGGUACGAAAAAGAAUCAUACCUGUGCGGAACUUUUCAAAAUAUUCGGACUAUAGCAUGGCAGCUGAAAGGCUGAAGAACCACCCUCGCCACAGGGACUACUUGGAGGGUGUGUCCCAGAGCCAGCUGGAGAGGCUUCAUGUAAUCCUACGGGAUCACUUGCAGGGCUUUAGCUUGGACUACAGCCUCUCCUCAUUCCGCCUGGACCCCGAUGAGGACCUGAACAAACUGGACGAUGAGGAACUGGCCCGAAAAAAGGGGCAAAUGGAUGAACUCUUUGAAAAGAACCGGAGGCACAAAGAUGAUCCUGACUUUGUUUAUGACGUGGAAGUAGAUUUCAAUGUGGAGACUAGAGAAAAGUGCAGCUGGGAUGAGGAGUCUGAUGAUGGAUUUUAGAGCUCUGGAUGUGUAUUUCACAAACUGUCAAAUAUUCCUCUCUGAGAUAACAAUGAAAACACAGGGUGAUCAUUUUUAAUUUCCAUUUAAACAUACCAUCACAGAGCUUAAAAAAAGACUUUAAUGACUUAGGUGAACAGGCCACACCAGUGUUUGUUUACAAACACCUUCUGCCCAUCAAGGUGUCUGCACGUUAGUGGCUGUACUGUUUUUUCUAAUAUACUUUACAUUUAUUAGCUAGAACUGCAAUGAAAGACUUGAGAUGCAAUGCAUAGUGGAAUAAUGUAUAUUUAUUUGUUAAAAAAUACUGAAUUUACAAAAUACAAAGACUUUGGCUCUUUAUUUGUGGCUUACACCUAAAUGAGUGAUAUUCACAGUUGAAUAUGAAAGAAGAUGCUAAAAUCCUAUUAAAUAAAAUUUGACUUUCACCAGUAAGUAAUACAACAACAAAUAUAUCUUUG